AUGACUCAGGCUGAUUUUGAAGAGGCAGCAGAAGAGGUCAAACAACUCAAAAGUAAACCAACAGAUGAAGACAUGUUACUUAUCUAUGGCCUAUACAAACAGGCAACUGUUGGAGAUGUGAAUACAGACCAUUCAGGCACGUUAGACCUGAAAGAGAAAGCCAAGUGGGAUGCAUGGAAUGAACGAAAAGGUACAGGCAAAGAAGAGUCACUGAAGAAGUACAUAGAAAGAGUGCAAGAGUUAAAAGAAAAACAUGGCAUGAAAUAG